AUGCGGUUUUGGAGGGGAUGGCCCCUGUGGCAGAAGCUGAGUUUUUCUGAUGUGCCUUCUAGUAUGCCUACUAGUAAUAAUCCCUCCAUGGCCCUGCUGAUAGGUAUUGACAUGGACAAGCUCCUCGUUGUCGCAUAUGGGGUCUGCGUUCUGCUGUACAAUAGACGAGCCAUCCGAAGACUCACCGCAGCGAAAAGAAGGUCAGCCACAACGCAGGAUGCCGAAAGCUACCCGAUGCUGGACGAGAUAGACGAGAUACCAUUUGGCGCAAGAGCUCUGGAGAGAGGUGUCAAGGUAGAGGGCAUAUGGACCCCCAGCCAAUCGUCGCUACGCAGGCCUGUGAUGCGGGAAGACAAGGACAGCGUAGAUCCGGCCCCACGAAGGAUUCUGGUGAAUCAACCGGGGGAGGUGCAGAGAUCCUUCCAGACAUUUGUUCCGGCACCUAUCUUACAGAUGCCCGACUCGCGACACUUGGAGACCCAGAGGGUGAACUUCGAUGUGAGCGAAAGGGCCGGAUACGCACAUCCCGGCCUUUCCCCCCCAACCUGGCUUCAUCCACCAGACAUCAACGAGCCUUCUAAGCAUCAAACCUUGAGCGAACGGGCAAAGGGUCACCGAUCGAGAUGGUGGUACAUCAGAAGCUCAUGGCUUAACGAAUCCUCUGACGGGGGUGAACAAAAGCUAACGGAUGAUGAACAAAAUCGAGCUUCCGCUGAGGCCCGGCGGCGCAGACUAAGCAAGUUCAUCGACGACAAGUUCCGGGCGACUCCGACUGAGAUGUUCCAGCUCAAGAAGAUGCCUGCCGCUAAAAUAUAA